AAGACUUAGGUAUGGUCCCUUGGGGUGGUGGUGAUGGUGGUGGUGGUGGUGGUGGUGGUGGUGGUGGUGGUGGUGGUGGUGGUGGUGGUGGUGGUGGUGGUGGUGGUGGUGGUGGUGGUGGUGGUGGUGGUGGUGGUGGUGGUGGUGGUGGUGGUGGUGGUGGUGGUGGUGGUGGUGGUGGUGGUGGUGGUGGUGGUGGUGUGAGGUGACCUGUUUUUUUGCUUUCAUCUGAUUUUUUGACGGGGUGAAUUAUUUCAUCUGAUUGUCCAUCUCAG